AUGUCUAGCGAAGAAGAUUCAAUUACUCCACAGAGAAGAAUCGAAGCACCAAGUGCCUUUGCAUCUACUCUUGUGAACGAUAUAGAGAGAGCGGGGCCAUCGAAAGCCGGUUCUCCAUCCGAAAAGCAGCAUAAGAGUUUCUUUGGUCUUAAUAUUACAACCCCGGACAGCCAUGCAGGAACAGGUGCUGUCUAUGCCGCCAAGGUUCAGUUGCUGAAUCAGGCCUUGUUGGACAUUGGUAUGGGAAAGUAUCAAUGGCUGAUCUUUUUAGUGACGGGUGUGGGGUGGUUUCUUGACAGUUUUUGGAUCAUGUCAUUCACAGUCAUUGCUCCAUCUGCUGGCAACGAGGCCCAGUUCUUCUUCACCGGCGAUGACACCCACUACCUCUUCGUGAGCUUAUUUGUCGGUCUUGCCUUUGGGGGUACAGUCUGGCCUUUGAUUUCUGACACCCUUGGUCGCAAGCGAAUCUUCACAAGCACAAUCGUAUUGAUGGGCAUGGGCGGAUUAGUCGGGGCGGGCAUGCCCUCCUUCACGGGGCUCUGCGUGGUGGGAUCUGUUGUUGGUUUCGCCGUUGCCGGAAAUCAUAAUGUUGAUGCGAUGAUUCUCCUCGAGUCCUUACCAGCAUCACAUCAAUUCUUGGUUGCAUUGCAGGGAGUGUUCUGGGGUUUGGGUCAACUGGUUGCCUCUGCGGUUGGAUGGGCUUUCAUCGGUCUAUAUACGUGCGGCACUGGCCCUGAUGAGGUCAGCACCUCGCAAGCAAUGAGUCGGAAAGCUCGUGCUCUGGGUCAUUCCAGUAGCGCAUCAUCGUCCAGCAGCGGCAACUCAUCCUGCCACUACGUCAGCAACAAAGGUUGGCGCUACGUAUGGUGGACCUUCGGAUGCAUUACUUUGUUCCUGUAUCUUUGUCGUUUUGCGCUAUCCUUCCACGAGACGCCUAAGUUUCUUCUUGCACGUCGGCGUGACGCGGAAGCGACACAGCUUGUCAAGGAUAUUGCCCUCUACAAUAAGCGACAGACUUGGUUAACAGAAGCGUCCUUCGCGCGAGUUGAUUCCACGAUCGAAGCAUCCGAGAAAGAAUUGCGCACCAAGUCCCGAGUCCAGUCUCUGCUGUCCUCUGUGGGAAUUACUGGCGUGAUCGGUCUUGUUCUUCUUUGGAUGAUCAUGGGUCUCAACUUUAUCCUAUACCAAACCUAUAUCAGCAACUACUUGGCUGCGCAUGGCGUGAGCAAAGUUAAUGCGAUCACUGUGACGAGGGGCUACUUAUACAGUCGCUAUCUAUACACGGCUCUCUGCGCAAUUCCGGGUCCCGUCGUGGCUUCCUUCCUGGUUGAGACGAAGGGUAUUGGCCGCAAGCGUACAGGCGCUGGAAUUGCUAGUCUGACGGGACUGUUCAUACUUGUCUCUACAGUUUCCAGAUCACGCGACACCGCACUGGCUUUUGAGUGCAUUUUGAGCUUCUUGUAUUCUGCCGGUCUCGCGACACUUACCCUCUACACCGUCGAGGUUGUCCCAACCCCGAGCCGAGGAUUUAGCCUUGGCGUUAUGGGGUUCUUCUGGGGUCUAUUUGGCCUGAUCGCAUAUAUUAUCACUACCUUUGACAGUACAGCGAUAUCCGGAGGGAGCCCUGUUUGGUUCUGUGGGGCCAUUUGGGUUGUCUUGGCGAUUGCUUGGCUGAGCUUGCCGCUAGAGACCCAGGCACGAGCUGCUGCGUAG